GAAUUUCCAAAGUACGAAGGAGGGACUGUCCGAGGGAGGUAUUCGUCGUUCCGUAAAGUAGUUUGAAAGUUUUCGUGCAAAACUUUUGAGGAAAAGGAUGAAUAAUAUUGUCCGCAUCCAGCCAAUGCAGUAUGUUCACCUCCUAGAUCUGGUAGGUACAUAACGUGGUACGAUCCUUUAUUUCGAGUGCAUUUAAUUCAGGCGAUCACUUGUUUGUUUGCAGGUUAGCUAGCUCACGAUCUUAAAGUUUCGCAGUUAUUUUGAAAUCUGGAUGACGAAAUUAUCCAUAAUCUGUAGAGCAAUAAAAAUGAUCACGUCCGAAGGAUAUUUUCCGUUUUUGCGCACCUGUUCAUUGCAGUGCUUGUUUUGCAGCCCUAUAUGAGUACUAGAAAUAUUUCAAUUUCACAAUGCAAUGUUUCGUCUGUUAGUAAGGAAUUUACUUUAAAAAGUUAUAAAUCGAAAUAUUGUAUACAAUCAACAGGAACUCUGCCACGAUCAAAGUUAUUGAGAUUUUGAUAAAUUUUUGGUGGAGGUCGAAAAUGAAAUAGGGAUUCUGACGUCAAUUGAUUGACGUCACUAUCGCUAGAUUUUUUUUCGAAGUAAAGAAAACAUAUCAGUCCUGUAGAAUGACCAAGCAUGGAGAGAAUGUUUAUGGGAGGCUGUUGCAUAAAUGAAAAGUGGAAAUUCAUACGGGAGUUGAUAGUUGAUUCCACUCACUAAUGCUUCCCUGCUCUCUCUCCCCUCCACCCCCCCUGCCACUCACACCCACACAUCAUCCAAGAAGUCAAGUCAAGUCAAUUUUUAUUUAAACUCACCCAGAAUAACUGUAAUUAAUACAAAUUAGUGCUUUAAAUAUAAUAUAAAUAUAAAUUUAGAUAAAAAGUAUUACUUCAUUAAUUAAAUAGUAGUUAAGAUAAUAUAAUCGUAAAACAUUAGGAAUCAAUAAUAGUAUUUUAACCAUCAAUCACAGAAUUCUUGAUAUAUUGACGAAAACUGGAAAAUGGCUUGAUUUUCUUAACAGCAAUAGAUAAAGAAUUCCAAAGUUUUGGACCAGUGUAACUGAGAGAACGAAUGCCAUAUUGAGUGGUAUGAACAGAUUUAAUAGAUUAUCAAUCUGUGAUUGACGUGUAUUAUAUGAAUGAAUUGAAGAUACUGGGUUAAAAUAAUUAAGAAAACAAGAAGGGCUUAGUUUAUGGUACCACUGAUAAACAAAAGAGAGAGUUUCAAGAUGAAUUAUAUCAGAGAAUUUUAGGAGUCUGAGAGACUUCAGCAAUGGCUCAGAAUGAGAUCUAGGGUCGGAAAAAGUCAUUAUUCUGACGACUCGUUUUUGCAAAGUAGUUACUGGUUUUAGGUAGGUUGGGUAUGUGAGACCCCAAACAGUUUUAACAUUUAUUUUUCCUUAUUAUUAAUGAGGGAAAUUUUUUAAAAAAGCUUCACUUUCUAUCUCGCCUCAGCCUGUGGUUCAAAGGGAUAAUGUGUUACAGGUCAAAAUUGAAUUUAGGGCUAAAAUUAUUUUAAAAAGAUGCCCAUAACAGGAGUUCAUUGGACUGCCAACCUGAAAUUUUGUUUACCUGGGGCAGUUACUAUUUCAUUACAAUACAAGGAUAUGUGUAUAGACCCUAAUUAAUGCCCGUCAGGAAAGUGAGCAUGAAAAGUUAUUUUGCCCUGAGAAGGUUAGAUAUGACAUGUCCUGGCUCAGACUCUGGAAAGCCAUUUUUUAAAAUCCCUGAUAAAACCACUUUUUGUAUCAAUGAUCACAUAAAAUUAGUUUUAAGAUGAAAUUCUACUUGUGGGACUGAUAAUUAACGGGUAAUUUUAUUUAUUCAUUUUUCUGUAUUUAGAACACCAAUGUGACAGUCCUGGAAGUUGGACCCAAAAGUUUAAUUCUUCAAGACAAUCAUAAGUUAGUGGAGGGUCCUUUGCCCUUUGUCGUCAUUCCACCUGGUCAUUACUGUGUCAUUGAAAACCCUGUCAAGUAAGAAAAUCACAAAUUCUGUUUGUAUAUUUUUGUAGAGGAGUAUAGUUAGACAUUAGUAUUUUUAUUUAUAGUGAUCGCUUUCAUCAUCCAGAAAAUUAUCUUAAAUAAUUUAUGGAAAUGGAUUCCAAAUUAACCUUUUCCAGAUUUUCAUUUGAAAAUGAUCCAUUUAUGGUUUUAGUGUAAGGUCAUUUUCUAAUGAGAACUUUUGGUCUCCAUUCAAGAAAAUGAAAUGAAAUGUCCUGUUAUGGAUGGUUGUUCUUGAUCUGGAAACUGAAUUCAUGAUAAGCAUGUCAAUCAUAAUUACCAAGGAACUAAAUGGAUAACAAUUUUAAAUUGACAACUAAUUCCUCACCUAUAAUACAGUGCAUUUGAAAGGAAAGAAAGUGAAAACCCAGUAAAACUAUGAACUAUAGUUUGUUUGUUGAUAUUUUACAUUUGAGACAACCAUGUGAACCUGGAAAGCAGUGUGAUUUGAAACAUGGCUACAGAGAAGUAAGAUUUUUUGAGGUAAGUAAAAAUUAAGUGACUUUAAGGCAAAUUCUAAAGUUAUUUCAUUGACCAGUCGAACAAUUUUAACAUGUGCAAUAGUGGGCCAGCCAGUUAAAGCGAUGGUCCAGAGGAAACUCGAUCUCCAGCAGGCUAUACUGGCUAUUCAGUGGAUCACUGCAGCAGUUUUUUGAUAUUUGACGAAUACAAUGGCAACAGUAGUGAACAACAAUAAUUAUCAUUGCAUUCAUUUAGCCGCUAAACACAUCUUGGAGAAAGUGUUGUAAGUUGCAGAUCUGUAGGUGUUGGUUCAUGUUCUGCUUUGUCUUUUUUUUCUCAGUAGUUUAGUGAAUAGACUACAAGCUACUUUGUCAUUGUUCUUUUUGUCAUAUGGUACAGCUUACUGAUUUGUAUUAAUUUUAGAGUUUUUCUUUCAUUUUGAUUUUGGUCUUGUUUCCUUAUUUGUUAGGAGCCUUUUCCUCUGUACCCUGGUGAAACCAUUGAAGGAGCACAGCAAUUAGCAGGUUCAGCUUUUGCAGUUAAAUCUCUGCUAAGUGACACCUCCCGUAAUAAAGUAGACACACCUUAUCAACAAACACCAAGCCUUGCUCAGCGUUUAAUUUGUUUCUUUCAAACUUUCCAGUUUGAGUUUGAUUAUGCUAGGAGGCAGAAUAGAAUGGCAAUGCAUUAUGUAGAAAUUCAAAUUUCUUUUAAAUGUUCUGAAUGGUUUUUCUAAUGACUUGAAUUUCCCUUCCUCUCCAUAGGUGUCCAUUUCCCAUAAAAACACAUUAACUCUUGGCUUUGGGAUUUUCAGUUAGGGAAACUUCUACCUUGUGAAUGAUCAAUGUACAUGGUUUUUUAAUCUUCUAAUAACACAAUUUGUUCAUGUUGAUUGAAGUAAAAUUACUCUUUUUCCAUCGCCCAACAAAUAUUUGACCCACAAAAGAUAUUAUUGGAGCAAUUACAUUGUAUUGCAUUUAAUUUUGAAAUAUUAAACAUAGGAUACAAAUCUGGAAUCAAGGCUCUUCCUGUCAUCGGACCAAAUGAAGGCCUUCAACUAUUAGCAAUUGUCGAUCAUGUGGAUGGUGAUGAAGAACGUAAAACUGGAGACUUUUGGCAGCUGGAGGGUCCCCUUACCUACAAGCCAACUCCUUAUGCUGUAUGUUAAUGUGAAAAAUAUUAUCAUUUGAUUAGGCCAUUUAACAAGAGUGUGCUCAGUGUCCUGGCCUUUGAAUAGAAUCAAGGAUGGAGGUUACCUUGUUUUGUUACCGACCUUCCAUUUUUCACUUGUAAAUAGUCAUGUUCAUGGGCUCGUUAGCAUGAGAAUAUAAUGAUUUGCACAUGAAAACCAGGAAGGUUUCAAAGGCCAGGGAACUGAGCACACAACUUUUAAAAUAGCCUUUUAAUCUUACAGACAGGUAGUUUUAGUUAAUUUUUUAACGUAAACAUAAUAUUUGUUGGUUUCAAGAACAUAGUACUAAGGUAAGUUUGCAACCUUCUUUCAAAGAUUUGAAAAGAGACUGUCACAUGAAUUUUGUAUGAAACCCUUUGAUUUCCCCCAUAUGCGACCACCUGUUGUAAGUGACUGCAACUUUAAUUUCUUUUAACUUAUCAUAUGACACAUACUCUGGUCUCUAUAAUACAUGUUUGUAUAACUUAGAAGAAAAACUACAAGGUUUUUGUCCUUGUUGAGAAAAGAACUCCUAGUUUGUAAUUUGCUAAUUUGUUUUCUUGUUUCUUUUGCAGGAAAUAGUGAAGAGAGUCAAACCUCGCGUGAUUAGACAUGGCCAAGCUUUACGGCUGAAGGCAAAGCAGGCUUUUGUUGACAACAAGGGGCAGUAUGUAGUACAUUGUUAUACCUUAGUUGAGUUAAACUCAGAUUUUUAGACUAAGAUUGCUAGCACAGAGUAGAAUUCCGUUCACUCAAAUCUGAACUCCCCUGGCCUGCUGUAAUUAAACAACUUUUAGCUUGAAAAAAGAUCUGUCUAGUCAUCCAGGACAAGUAGAUUUUCUUACUGAGCAAGUAACUUUUCAAGCCCAAUGGCCAAGGGUCCAAGCACGACAUCCUCCAACUAUCAUUAACUAAAACAAGCAAGUAGUUGGCGUGGGCAAGUGAAAUGUGAGAGCUGCUCAUCCAAAGAACCUGCUUGAAUUUAAUUUUUUUUUAACAUUUCAUUAACAUUUUCGGAAUUGAAUCAAGCAGUUUUACGUUUUAUUAUUUAUCACUAAUUUCUCAGGAAGCGGGUAACUUCAGAAGAAUGGUUGAUCAGAGAUCUUGGUGCAUAUCUGCCAGGAGUUUUUGAAGAGGUUUGAUAGAGUAAUUUUAGGAAAUAAACCCCCUGCUUACGUGAAUUCUUGUUUACCCCUUAACAAACAAUUAUAAAUCCCAAGUUGAUGUGCUUUCCUUCGAAAAGAGACUCUAAUGCCGGGUUUCAACAAUGCCACGAUUUCUUGAGCCAGUAAAUUUUAGCACAGGAACCCAUAUUUUACUUUUGUUGUAGACAGUAGACAGACAUGAUUGCAUAUUGUUUGAUCAGUUUAUUGUUAUUUGUUAGGUUGUUGGUGUUGAACGUGCCCACACAAUGACUGAAGAUAAAGCCCUUCACAUGAGAGCAAAGCAAACUUGUAUAGAUGCACUUGGAAGAAAGAGGUGAAGUCAUUGUUAACAAGUCAAUCUGAAGACUAAUUUGUUGGUGUUUCACUAUAACAGUAGUUUUGACUGAAGAACUGCUGUGUAGUUUUUCUUUUUUAUUCUCAAAAAAAUAGAAGUACCUUUAAUGGGGAUUUUCUUGAUCAAAUUAAAAGUCUAAUUUGUUUGUUAUUGUGUUGUAAUAUGAGUAGCGUUUAGUGCGUCUUCUUCUUGCUGAUACGAUAAAGGCAUUGUUACUUAAGAGUAUCUGCAAUGCAGCGUAGCAAAUUUGUUGCAACAUUGUUUCGAAUCGUUACAACAUUGUUCCAACAUUUAAAUGAAGAUAUGAUCAUCGCAGUGGUAAUUGCAAUUUAAGCAAUGGACUGCAAAUAAACCGGAAACAAAUUUCGGGAUUUCAACGGGAAUCAAACCAUGGCCUUUGCGUUAGCGCUGCAGUGCUCUACCAACUAAGCUAUGAAAACGCAUACAUUGGGAGCAGGCCAGGUCUUAACCUGUGACAAAAUAUAGAAACAUCUUCAUUAUUUUCCAGAACAAAGAGCUCUUAGUACAUAUAAGCAGCUGUUCUAUGAGGCUCAUCUAUGUAUUCUAACUGAAGGGCCCUUCAGUAAUGAGAAUUUACAAAUUGCUUAUCGUUUUGUUCAGAAAUGCAGGAGAUGAGUGGCUUGUCACAUCAGACGAUUCCGAGAUGUACAUACCUGAAGUAUCUGAGGCAGUUGUUGCUGAAGUAUUUAAAACUGUACUGUCCCGUAAGGAGUACUGUAUAGUUACUGAUCCUAUUGACAGCAAGGGCCGUAACCAGCUUGGGAAAAGGGAGCUUCGGAAAGGAAUCACAAGUUUCUUUUUACAUCCAGGUAACGAUAGGGAAGUAAUGGGGAAGAAGAAGACAAAAUAGGAGCGAGAAGUUAUAGACUUGUUUUUUCAUUAAAAUUGUAAUUGGUUUGGAUUUUAAUUUAUUCAUAACAGGAGAAGAUCUGGAUGGUGGAAUACUAAAUUCUUACAUUCUAGAAACAGAUGAAGCUCUGGUACUGUCAGCUAUCGAUCAUUUUGAUGAUGAUUCUGCUAAAAGUGAGUUCUUUCAACAAUCAUUCUUCCACAUGCAAUAUUGCAUCAAAGAAAAAUGAAAUUUCCCAAAUAACAAUUUCAGGAUAAUGUCGUAGGCGAAUUUCUUGGCGUCGAACUUCCGCGGCUAUUCCGCACAUUAUUACAGUCGAGCUCUAUUCAGUUCAAAGAUGGUGGCACACACAAUUUCCUUUUUCGUGUCCCUUUCUAUUGAUCUGCAGACAUGAAUCUUCCUCGUGAUUAGUUUCCCAAUUGGUCGGUUCUUUGAUUUAUAUUUGCUAGAGUGCUCAACCGCCUCCCACCCGGGAGGUUUUGCCUUGGAAUCCCUUCGCGGAAAACUUUUCUCUUGAGAAUUUUGUCGAUAUUAAUUAGCCUGCGUGGCAGGCGCAAAAAGGGGAGGGGGAUGGGGUUGGGGGGAAGGAGAAAAGCGCGAAAGAGGGGAAGAGAGAAGGGAGCGUCUGCAAUAAGAGCCGGUGUUUUUGUAUUCCACCCACCAUUUUCUGAACUAAUCCGAUAGCGUCAACUGUCAAUACGUGACCAAUCACAAGUAGGGCGCUUCUCAGCAUGGACCGAACUCAGUUACUUUGUUUACUAGAAAUUGUCAAGUCGAGAUGCUUUUUUCAAGUGAUAUAAUAAUCGAGCGAAAUAAAAACAACUUUACUGUUCUUGACCCCGAAGCAAACACCGCAAACGUAGAGACUACCCUCUCUCCCCAAUCCCCCUUCCAUUUUUCCCUUCCUCCUUAUCCCCUACGCAGGCUAAUAUUAAUUAAAGUUUGUACCGUUAUCUUGUUCAGAGAAGUGUCAUCGAUAUCCUGGUGAUCGAUGGAUGAUCUUUGGUCCAACUGAGUACAUUCCUCCAAUAGAGGUCACUGUUAAAUCAAGAAGGUUUGCAAACUCAUGCGUUUUAUGACCUUAAAAGAACCUCAAGCAACUACAACAGCAGCACCUUAAAAACGUCACUUCAAGCUUUGCAUAGCGUCCUGGCUGUAACCUGUCAGUUACUAAGGACAUUGAAACAACUUGAACCUCGACAGAAGAUUAAUUUGAUCAACCGACGAGUAAAGUAUCUUGUACUUGAUAUAAGAUCGGUUUUAUACGGAGAUCACAAAAUGGUUAAGAUCCUGAUCACCAGUAAAGUAAACAAUGAAAGGGUUUUAAAUAUUACUGCCUUGUCGAAUGUUUCACUGUAGUAAACCAGUGAACGUUGACGCGUGCUAGUAGUAUAGGUUUCACCGAAUUAACCCCUUUUUGCCCUUAAAUUUCAUGAACAUGCGUAGGAAGACAUACACCUUGUUUGUUCUGUAAUAGCGUUCUGUCUUUUGCUCAUGAAUCUUUUCUAGCCGGGAAUCCUGCUAACGGGUCAUGAACGCGGGUGGAUAACACACUGUAAUAUCAGUACAAUGCGGACAAAUUCUGUUUGUAAAAAAAGGCGGUCUCCUAUAUUCUUUUGUCCACUGUGGCCAGCUCCAGUCAGGUGGUUUCGCUGCUUCAUGAAGCCGAUUCGCUUAAAGCAGUUUUUGUAUUGACGUAGAUUUCGACAUGCGGGAAGGGUGUAGAAAUGUGAAAUGCAGCACAAGUAGAUGGGUUGCAUACUCCAUUGCACCCCUGAGAAAACCUAUAGUCCCGGACCUGAGAAGUUCGAUGUUGCGUACACAACGUAGAAAACAAUAACAGCCACCAAAUGUGUGUUUGUUUGCUUUUUUUGUGUUAGUGAAAUAUUCCUCGCAAGGAAGAUUCCUGUGCAAAAGUAAUUCGGUGCACCCCUUACUACUCUCUCUUCAAAGAUUUGUCUUGUAAGGAUUUCGCCAAACACCACAGUGAUCGUCAACUAUUACACACUACUUAAACUCAUAUUUGUUUGUGAGCCGUUUUAUGGAUUAUCUAAAUUAUUUUACAGGAAAGCGAUGCCUCUUUGUGAAAACGAAGGAAUUUAUGUCAGGGAUACACAAAGUGGAGCUGUACGUACUUGGCUACUUUGUCUGUAAAGAACAUUAUAGAAGAUUGUUUGCAGUGGUUCCCUUUAAAAACGUCUUUUAAAUCAAUUGUACUCGUCAAUUCACGAUAUUUGCUUUGUCGCUAUUCAUUAUUUUCAAGGUGCGGGCCGUGAUGGGACCUCAGUCUUAUCUGCUAAAGGCAUAUGAAGAACUUUGGGUGAAAGAACUCAGUGAAGAUGUGGAAAAUAUUCUCAAGUGAGCAUUGGGUAUUUAUUCAUUGACGCUCCGCUUAUAUCAAGUAAUAAACAAGUUUCAAAUGCGCAUUACAAGGACUAAAAGAAAAAAAUAAAUAUUUGUACAGUUCUUGAUAUAAGUUGGCCGAAAAGCAAAGUUUGCAAACGUACAUGUAUAUCUAUGGAUUACUCAACAUGUUACAAGCUUGUUUUAAAAUGUAGUGAUUUAUAUAUAAAAUAUCUAAUAAUUAAUACAGAUAUUUGGUCUCAAAAAUAUUUGCUUUUAUAAAAAAUUCAAAGAUACUAAGCAAGUACAGCCCCUAAUGGAUUUGGGAAGCUCGUUCCAAAGUUUCGGAGCCGUAACGCUAAAGACCCGGCGCCUAAUGUUAAUAGCGAUUUUUUCCUUUGAGAGAUAUUAACAUAAACUGUGGUUUGAACGUAAACUAUGGAUAUCUUAUGGCUUUCUGUAUCCGAAAUUAUCAGAUCACUAUUGUGUUACGGCCCAUGGAUAGCUUUAAAACUAGUUAAUAAUAUCUUAAAAUAAGCACGUUGUGUAACUAGCAGCCAUUGUAGAAAAUGUAAUGAUGGAGUUAUGUGGGAGCAUUUACUCUCUUGAAAUUUUAGGCGUGCGACAUUAAAAGUGCUGAUUCUGAUGAACAAGCAAGUGCGCCCAUUGCAUCUUCUUGCGUGAGAAGAUUAACCCAGUUUUUCCUUUAUGCCAUUUUACCACGUAGACUAAAGAAAAUGGAAGAAAGACCACGGUCACUGUUUUCGUCCUAUUUUUGGUGCCUCAGGGCUCUUUCAAAAAGCCACAAGUUGCUGGCCGAAAUGGGCUUUUUCCAAGAGAUUUUCACUAUAAGGAAGAGAGCUGGAGAAUAGAUUGACCUUGCUUGAGGUUUCUGAUUUUUAGUGAAAUUCUCUUUACGACUGGACUGGUCCCGCGGCCGAUCAGUUCUGACUGGUGGUAAGCGCCUCCAGUAUUGGUACCAGAUUUAGCUGCUUUUCCAAUGUCAAGGCAAGGAAGGGCCUUAGUAGAGUUCACUUUAUCUCAGGUUCGCUUAAGAAACUGAGGAGUCGCUAAUUCUUCUUUACUUGGUAACGUAGGAAUGGAGGAGGUAUCGGUAGUGGGGACAUCCGCAAAAUGGCGUACUUUGAGUCAUCCAUGGAUCCAACAGUCGCAAGGAAAGGGGUGAGUAGUGCUGUGUAAAGGACUGAGUGAGUCUCCAAAGCUUCUUUCUAAUUCUCAAGGUGAAUUCGUCUUUGUUUGUUUCCUUUCUGGAAAAGGGUCGCGACAAGACGCGAGUAAUUGUGUACCGCUGUCCAGGAAACACUGCUGUACAGGUAACUUGUAAUUAGUUAUUCAGGACCAAGCGCGUUUUCCUUCACCAAUAGAGCUCUAGAGCAUUUCAGAAAGAACCCUCUUUUAAGUGUUAACUAUCAGUAGCUUCCCAAAUUAUCUUGAAGAAUGCAAUAGACGGAAUUUCCUUCAUUCCUCUUUAUGAAUAUAAAUUCACAUAAUUAGUUAUUUUGAGUGAAAAACGUCUUAAGCUUUUCUUGUUUUCUUUCAUCCUGCGUAAGUAACGUGAGAAUUAAUUUUGAUGUGGUGCGUGAAAAGUUCAUUCUAAUGCUUCCUAAAGUAUCGCGGACAAGUUAGUCAUACUAUUAGCUUCCAUUUUCUCAGUCCCCCUUCUCAAUGUUAAGAUGAAGAAAUGCGCAUAGAAGGGUUCGCUUGCAUACAACGUUGAUAGAAGGGAGUUGAGGAGAGUAAUAAUAUAAGGUGAAAAGUGCUAUCCUCUAUGGUACGUAACGUACCGCUGACCCACCUGAUCGCAUGUUUUUUUUGUUUCCUCUUAGGUAUAUGAUUACCUCAGGAAAACAGCGAGGGUUAUUUUUGGUCCAGACCUUGUGAGUAAACAAUUGAACAAUUUAAUAUUUCUACUUAAACUUCGUUUGUUUAAGUAGAAAUAGUAAAUUGUUUAUUUAAGUAGUGACUUUCAAAUGCUUUCAGAGUCUUCGUCUUGACGAUAAGGUUUCUUUUCUGUCGACGAUAAAAAGUAGUAUAGCGAGGAAUGUUUUAGGCCGUUUUUUGUUAUCCAUGUAGGACCGAUGUGGGGUCGAUUUGAGGUCGUCUGCUGUGUGGAUCGAUGCUUAUUUGCGGAGGAGAAACCUUAGUAAUCGCGCUGCCUUUUCUUUGGCUAAAAUUCGAGAGUUAAUUUUGAAAAGCUGCGUAACCUACAUAGAAUUUAGCAGAUAACUUGCUAAUCUGCUGGUUGCGCACAAUGCAUUAUUUCUAAGAACAGUGUCAAACUGAGUUCCGUGCGACGGUAGUUUGUCGUUAUUUUCUUUAAAACAAGUAUAAUAAGACGAUGAUUAGAUUCGGUUUUUGUAAUAUCCGGAAUAAUCAGGGUCGCGGUUAUUGUUAGAUAACUCUUACCUCGACCUUGGUUUUUCCGGAUAUCACAAAAACCGUAUCUAAUAAUUGUUCAAAAUUCUACCUGCCGUCGGACGUGAUGACCGGACAGAUCAAAAUACCAUAUACUAUCAUUUUAAGUCAGUAUUGUGUAUUCCAGGAACAUUUUGUGGUUUGUCCGACGAAUUGUGCGUCUGACUGUGUAACCAUGCUGUGGUUUUGCCAAAGGGCAAGUACGACGGCUAUUCUUGUCAGUCAAGAUGCAAUGCGUUGUUUUUAGAAAGAUCCAAUUCACGCAGAAAAGACUUUUAAAAUUACUUUACUGCCUUUUUUGGCAAAUUAUUACCAGUUAACAUCUCAACUUUCCGAAAACAUACUUUGCUCGCCCAUUAAAGUUUAUGAAAGUGUUAUAUUGCACUGAUGACUCUUGCCGCGCGAUGUACGGUCGGAGGAAGAUUUUGGAUGGGACGACAAAAACUCUCUUUAAAAUCUCGGCAAUAUUUGUAUCUUGUCUCUUCCUCUUGACAACAACAAUAAUCAGGCUAGAAUGUGCUUCUUUAAACUAAUGUUAUGUCUGUCAUACUUUUUUAGGUUGUCCUUGGGCCACACGAGAAUUUCAAUGUGCUGAGCUUGAGUGGUAAGUCUGUUUGGUUAUUGCUUCGUGUUUUUAAUAAUAAUGAACUUGCCAACUGCAAACUUAAGUUGAUGUCACUUUGAUAAUAAAAUGUUUUCUACGGUCAUCGAAUUGUCUCGUUUUCAAACAAGGUCAGUAAGCCAUUUCCGAGAUCCUAAAGCUCUCACUUUCAAAACGAGGCUAAGUGCAAAACCUUUUUGGUGAAAACGAGUUAUAUUUGCAUGAGAAUAAAAAAUUAUUUUUAAUCCAUGGGUUUGUACCUAACCUCACUUUGAAACAGAGGCUUGGGCAACUCGAAAAUGGUGAGUUUGUGAUCAUAAUCUAAAUACUUACACCACAUGAUUCUAUCCUGGUUAUUUUUGUUCCUUUUUAUGAAUUCUGCAUUAUAAUUCUACCUUGUCGUCAGUUUGACAUGCAUUACGGGCGCAAACCUUUGGUUUUCAUUUCUCCUGAGUAUUACGCUCGAGUCGUCCCAAGAGAUUUUAAGACAAUCGUUAUGAUGCAAAAUAUAUUUUUUUCGGGGGGGGGGGGGUUGCAAACAAGGUAUUUGUGGGAGAUGCCUAAAAGAUAAAAAUGGUUAGUCCCAAAAUAAUGCGCCAAAGGAAUUGCAAAUGAAACCGAAACAGCCCGCAAGGGCAACGCAGAACCGAAGGCUCGACUGACGUUUGUUUGUUUUUUUUUCUAUGAGUACUUUUGAGUAUUGUUUCAUAUAAAAAGUUACGUGUCGUCGUCUUUCGUUAACACAUGAAGGAUGAUGAAGAGAUAUUUUUGUAGACAGUCUCAGUCACCCCAUUGGAUCAGUUUGUAAAUAGGGAAGUAUUGUAUCGUCUACAAAAGGUUGUCUGCGUUUACAAACCUUAACGAUAUUGUGUGGACGGAAGAUGAAUUUGGCGUUGUAAACUUGUUUUAUCUCUUAAAGCGGGGAAGCCUAAAAAGCCAAAUGCUUUAAAGACAAUAUGCCUGAUGCUUGGACCGGACUUUAUCACGGAUAUUAUAGAGGUGAGGAGAUAAAUUCAUGAUUAUGAAGCUGAAGGACAGCAAGGACGCUGGAGUUUAAGCCUGAAGAGGCUAUUUUAAAGAUGAUAUUUCUUUUAAUUCAUUUUCCUCUCCUGUGUGGUCCACAGGUCGAGUUAUGGGUUUUUAUGUAAACGGUUUUCUCUCUAUAUAAAUCGACCCGUGGACCACACAGGAGAGACGUAACACACCUUUUAAGUAAGGUAAGCUGUUUUUUAUUGAAAUCCUUUCCUUUUCGUAGGUUACAGAAACCAUAGGUUUUUUCCCCGCACAAAUCCUUAUAUUUUGAAUGUUACGCAACAAUGUCGAUGCUCGCCGAUGCUCAUAUUUCGAGUUUGGGCUACCUGUGGUUCCUGGAGUUCUGAAUGAUCUCGGCAUUGCAAAAAAGAAAGAAAUGAAAAGGACAUCGCGCAAACUGUUCAUCGCGCACAUAUAUAAAGUGCUUCUGCGGGCCCGGAGAUAAGAUCCCAUCAUAAUUCCUUUAAUCAUAACUAUAACAAAAUUCUCAAAUCUGAUUGGCUAUCAACUGUCCUGAUUUCAGCACCAAUAGAACAGUGUAACAGGACAGUACGCGUUAUGCCUGUAAGUUUUGGACAGUAGGCGCCAUCGCCCGCGCACUUAAAUCGCUUUUUUUCACUGCUAGCAAAAAAACCUUCGGAAUUUUUUGUGUUUUGAUUAGAAAAAUUCCUAAAAUAUCACAAAUUCUGUUAUACUUAUGAUUAAUUGGUUACAGAACUUCUUGUUAUCUAAUUCAGUCUGUAAUCUUACUCGUGAUUAAACAAUUUUGUUAAUCACUCGUUUGAUUACAGACCAAAUUGGACUCCACUCAGUCCUAUUACCAUUAUUAAUGACAAAAUAGUAUAGUAUUUUAUCAUAUCCUCAUUGCAUUUCAGGUAGAAACGAGUGACCACGCUCGACUGAAGAUAAAGAUCGCAAUGAACAACUUCUUUGAGGUAUACCAUCAACAUGAUCAAGCAAUUGCUCAGUAAUGAAACUAUCAGGUUUCUUGUCAUUUGUAGACAAUAUUAUCUCAUCAUCCUCUUCACAGUUUAUCAUUACCUAUUUCCUGUUUUUCUUUUUACCAGACUAAUAUUUUAAGGUGUCUUUUGAUUUCAAGGUACCUUAUUCUUACUAAUUUUCGCGCGUACUUAAUUUCGCGAAUAUUGGGGAGACGGAUUUCGGGAGUGCCAAUUUUCGCGAUAGCCAACAAAACUAGAGAAAAAGCGGUACUGAAUUUUGCGAUUUUGUCUUUGUUUUUAUUUUCAUAAAUCCUGAACAGAGGGCACUUGUCACAAAUCAAUAAAACUACAUUUUUCAAACAAGUCAAAGCAAGAUGAUUAUUAUUGUAAACUUACAACUGCCCUACAUGUAACCUUAUGGACAAGACAAAAUAUAACUGUUUUCUGAGUAUGUAUGCAAUGUACGGUUCAGAGCUUAAAGGAGCUGUGUCACGAAAUUCAGCCGAAUUUGGUAUUACAAAAUGCCCGUUAAAUCCAAGAGAAACAUAAAAAUAACCACUUAAAACAUUAAAGGAAGGUUAAAAUAAUACAACAGAUGCCACGGAUGGGCAAAACUGAAGAAGAUUGAAACAGAUUGAAAUUAGGGUUUUUGAAAACUGUUCAGCCUAACAGUUGUUCAAAGUUUAUCUCUGCUAUUUGCAACUUUAAAAAUAAUGCUCAGGAGACAUAUUUGUUUGUCUCGAAUCUCUGACUUUGUCAUUUACUUGUAAUUUCUUUGCUUACUUUAAGUUCCAUAGCGAUUGAGGGUGAGUAAUUGGCAAAAUUAAACAAAAUGAUCUGGACUACCGUGACACAGCCCCUUUAAAACGCAACUUGAGAUGUUCAGUAAGUGUGCACAGUUCAGAACAUUUUAAAAAUUCUUAUUGCUUUGUUUUCGACAAUGGUAUUAAAUCUGGCGCAAUCUUUUGUUUGCGCGUAUUAAAUUUCUCGAAUGUUUUAAAAUCGUAAAAUUAAAUACUGGCGAAAAUUAGUAAGAAUAAGGUAAUUUUGCACGUUGCAAAAUAAUGAUUCAGAAUAUCUUGACAGAGCCCCUUUAGGACUGGAAGAAUAAUAGCCAUUUCUUGUCCUAUUUUUAGGUUGAAAGAGAAAAUGAAGAUUGUGAGCAAGGCAUUUUUUCUGUACCAGAUUACAUUGGACACGCCUGCAAAAGCGUUGGUACAAAAUUAGCCCUUUUUUUCUUGUACACAGUCGCCUUGUACCUCGCCCCAGGCUCCCAGGACAGGAGGCCUCCGGUCCCGGCCUUGAUUAAGGGAUUAAGGGAAGGCUAGAACAGUAAAAUUCAAAUAUGUUGUAAAGUUAAAAAGGUACUUUGUAAACAUUUAUUUUAUCGUACAAAUAUAACUCUUGGCGAGAGACAACACGCCAUCGAUUCAUAGCAAGUUAUUGAAAGCAGCCAGCGUCUGCUUGAGCCUUGUUAUGUAACUGUAUUGUGGAACACAGUCGCGAACAAAUGAUAAACAACAACCGUUUUGUAUCAUCGUAGGUGACCGGGGGAACAUUGUUCACCCGACACUGAGGGUCUCCGGCACUAAUCAUCAAUACAUAGUUCGGCUGAACUGAUGAAGAUUAGUUUUUCUGUGGAGUGCUGGCCCCAGUUAUUCAAAAGGUGGAUAGCUCUAUGCAGUGGAUAAAUCACUAUGCACUGGAUAACGCAAUUAGUUUUCGUACUACUCAUCCUUUAAAUAGCGCUAUCCAGCUUUUGAACAACCGGGGCCUGGGAUACAUCGCAAUGUAAAAAGUAAAUAGAAAAUAUUAAAAUUCAUACUUGGCUCCGAGGCCUUAGGGGAAUAAAACAAAAGAAAUGUGUUAUUCAUUGCUGUAGCCUCUACACAGAUGUUGUUUUAUUUUUCUUUUCGUUCUUUUCGAAAACAUUGGUGAACACGCGAUUGAAGCGAGCGCGUGAGAACUUGCAGCCAAGAAUGAAUUUUAAUAUAUCGAAAUUGGUCUAUGUUGAUGUAAGUUCUGUUCUGUCUGUAGCGAGCAGGAUCCGUGGUAUGGUCGCACAAGUGCCUUUUGAUGAAUUUCACCGCUAUUCUACAUCUGUGAUCAAGAAAGCUGUUUUUGGUGUGGAUAAAGAUGGAAAAAUCAAACAAAGACUGCGAUUUGAUGCCAACCAACUUGUGAGUUAAUAAAAAUCUCUGUUAUUUCGGCCUCCAAAUCUUUGGACCUGAUCCUCAGAAGACGAGGAAAAGUUGAACCCGGAAUUAAAAAAAUUAGAGGAUUUUGUUUUUCCCAUUUUUUGUCCAUUUUCUAUCCACGCCUUCACUGUUCUCAUUCUUCAUUCUCUCUCUUAGGGGAAGGGUACUUUCUGGUCGUUAUUAACUGCUAAAGACGUUCUCGUUUCUAUCUAAAAGACGGAGUUCUUUUUGCGAUUAUAACCUAUGUUCUUGCUAUAGUAAAGAGAGCACUUGGUGAUGAGAGAUACAGUGUGAUAUGUUUUCUAAAGGAUGUAAAUCUGAAGCGGGAGUUUUCAAACGUCAGGAGGGAUCUUUAACUCUCUCACAGUGCAGAGACACGCGCUACACAGGCCCUAGCUUCCAGGAAACCAAUUCAAGGUCACAAGAGAAUUUUUAAGUUGCUUUUGGAAAGAAUAUUCUCCAGUUAUUCUGUAAACGUUUUGAAAUUACUUUCUCUAGUAUUGACAGUAUUACUUCGCAAGCUAUGGGAGUCGACUUAAUGUAAAGUGCAUGUGUUUUUUUUUAAGGUGGUGACUAACAUUGACAUCCAGAGCAUAGAGCCCGUUGAUCUGCACAUGAGUGAAAGCCUCAGUAAGUCUGUGCAAAUGGCCAUAGAAAUUUCCACUAAGUAAGUAUAGGUAAUGUACUUACAGAGAGGCCUUAGAAGCUAUCUCUUGUAUACUAAAUACCGCGUGUGAGAAACUAGUAUAAAGUCAAUGAGCUCUGCAACUUUGAAUACGUUGAUUGGUCCUGACUGUUCAUAACCUCUGCUGCUUUUUCGUAAAAGGAUUGUUCUUCCCACAAUGCCUUGUGCAUCGCUCGUUCUUAGUCCCUCGCGGUGUUAAUUGCGAUCUCACGAAAGAACCUGUAGAGGAAGUUGCAUUAUCAUCGAAAUCUUACACUUAUGACCUCAGAAUUGAAGAAUUCUUUCAUCAUCUAAGAACCAGAUCACCCUACAGAAAGAUAGACGAAGGGUAGUCUCCUUGCGAUAAUAUUGCAAUUACUUGUUAACUCUUUGAAUAUACACAUACAAUUCUCCAAACUGAUCUCUAUACAUUUGAUAAGAGAUCAAGGCAUUUUCUCUUAGGUGAUCAUUUUAUCAAUUCUCACAACCUAAUCUCUUAACAAGGUAUGGAUAUUACUAGGAGAAAAUUGAUGUUGGUCGCCGUUGGGACUUAAAGGGUUAAACUAGUUCAUUUUUUUGAUUUUUUUUCGUUCGCAUUUUUCCAACUCAUUCUCAUGAUAAUAUGUUUGUAAUCGAGUGGUUUGCCGUUGCUCGUGCUCGAUCGUCUUCCUAUUAACUCUGCCUUAAUGCACAGUUCACAUGCGCACCUUGAGAGGUGUCUGUUUUAAACUUAAACCAGUUUUUUUGUGGGCAGAAAAGUGUACUUCGGUACCAUGCAGCCAGGCAUGCUGGUACUGACGCCAUACAUUACACUGGUUAGGCGGCUAUAUAUGUUGGAUUCACUAAACUCCAAUCUAGCAAUUUUAGUUUUGGUAUGCGAUUUUCUAAACUGGGCGUGAACCACAUUUUUAGUAUGAAUCACUUCAACUGAGCAUUAGUGCAUACUAGAAAGAGGACAAAAGUCAGAGAAAGUGGUCCUUUGUCCUGCUGAUAAAGUUCCUCCCCUUUCCAAACCAACUGAUUAAAGCUAAACCAGUUAUUGAAAAUGCGUGCAAUGGAAGGUGUUUUAUCUCCGUUGCGUGCUUUUCUCAUCCGAGGUCUAUUGAGCGAGCAGCAGAACACGAAGCGAAGAGAACAGAACAGAUGGCCAAAGGAAUGUUAGAAAGACAGAAACUCACCAACGAGAAGGUCAGUUGCGUCUCCUGAUAAUCAAAAACAUUCUGAAGCCGAUCGGCAACGUGUUUAUCACCAGCUCUUAAUUCAGUGAACACCCUACGGUUUUCUUCUGAGGAUCUGCUUGAUUUAAGUUAGUUCAUAAUUUAUGAAUUGACGCAAUAAAGCUCCUCUUCCUGUCUUUUAGAGGCAGUGGCAUUCAGCACCACAGAUCCCAGAAUUCCGAUGUACAUCACACUCCCUUCACAUGCCAGGACCAGAUAGCGCCUGCCUUAUAAUUUUGUUCACUAAGAAGCCCGCGGUUUUUCUAUGUAAUGUGAGGGUUAAAUUCGUCGUAUUUGUAGUACGCUGUUUUCUCAGCCGUGCCCUAUAUUUUUUGUCAUUUAUAAUUUGAUAUUGGUUGGCCUAGUUUUACACUUCUCAGGUACUCUCUUGUUGAACUGUUGGCUCGCAAUCAUAUGUACAAUAGCUGACUGCGAACAGUCUCUCUUUUUCUUCAGAUUUGGUAAGCGGAGUGCACUUGCGCGAAAGCCUCUCCCUUUUCGCGCCUUUCAUCACGCACGUGGUCAUUUUCAUGUCUCGCGCGUUUCGCUCGACGGACUAAGGAAAAACAGGGAAUGCUCGUGGUCUCUAUGUACAAUGUCUUUCCCUUGUUUCAUUUUACUUACGUGUUCUCUUGGUUCAGGUAGUUUCCUGCUCUAUAUUUAAGUUAGUGUUUAUCUAGAUUUUAAGUAUAUACAAUUUUUGUUUUAAUUUGCAAGGAAGCUGAAAAUGCGCGGGUGAGUUUAUUUGAACUAAGAGCUAUCACCGCUGCUGUCGAAUCUUCCGGACAGAAGAAAGCUGAAGCACAGGUCAGCAGAGUAAUUUUUUUCUUCCAUUGUUAGCAGUCAAUAUAUUUGUGAGUACGCUGAGCGUCUGUGGCUCAGAAGGGGAUAUACCUUUGAAAAAAGAAUGCCCGACAAUCUCAUAAAAGUGUUUGCCUCGAACUCUUGAUGUCGCCAGUUGAUAAAUUGAUAUCCUUAUGCACUACGUAUCUUAGACAGCCGAUGCUCGCGUUUAAACUUAGUUUCAAGGUUUCAUUGAAAGCUAUGUUCUUCACAUUUGGCAGUUUGUUUACAGGCUGUUAUUUUGACUUUUAUAAAGCUGCUCAUUACAACAAAUGAAACCCGGAAAUUGUUUAACCCCGCUAAACUGUAUUCUUUUGCUCAGUACGCGUUUCUCUCCCAUGGGUACAGUAUACAAACGCGCCCGCGACUGCAGUACCUGAUUGUCACUUACGAUGAGCGUUACCAGAACUACGUAUUAUUAGGGUGUAACUUGUGCUCUGUUAAUUUGUUUUCUUAAAAACAAAACCUGUAUACUUCGACAGGCUCAAGCCGAGCGGUUACUGAUCGAAGGAGAAAGUGCGAUCGAAGGUAUGAAAUUGUGUUUCCAACAACCUUAAACCUUGUUACCGCUUUUUAUUGCAAAAAUACAGGUUAGAGUUUUUCGAUGCAGAUAGGGCGAGUAUUGUACAGUACUCUUAUUUUUGCUUUUAAUAUGAUUAGGAUGCUUUCAGAUUGGGUCAAAAAUUGAAGUUAGAGCAAUCGCGGUUCUCUUGGGCGAGGCUGCUAAACCAGGUCAAUAUAGCUGGUAGUUAUUUCUAAAACUUUUGCGCUUCUUAGUUGCCAAACUGAACGCGGAAGCUGCCGAGAUAGAGUUGAACGCCGAAUUACAGUCGCAAGAAAUGGUGAGUUAAUCUGUACAACAACCUAAAUACAUAUCCAUUCCCACGUCAGUUUGAUUUCAUAGAUGAACUUUAACUUAAAGUGUGUGUACUAAUUUAAUUUUAGCUCGUCUACUAAUGAUACUUCUGUUUGCCGAUUGAUAGGAGAAACACGGUGAACUUGAACAUCAAAAACAACUCAAUGAACUGGAAUUACAGAAGGCCAAGGAAUUAGCGGAGAUUGAGGUUUGAAGCAAUCUGCUUAGUGUAGUGUACAGAAUUUAUUACGUCUUCUAACAUGAAACAUGAAGUAUCUAACCACUGCAUGUGAACAGAGCAAGAAAUCGAGAUGGAUUGUUCCAUGGUACCCGGCCUGAGAAUGCUUUCAGGAAAGCUCAGGGACCUUGAAUUGACGAUUGACUUCUUUAGUUACUCAGCACAUGAUACCUUUGAAUGCCAAGACCCGCCUCCCUUUAAGACUUUUGAAAAUGUACCCAUGCCCGUCCGUGUCUUCUAUUGAAUGAUUUUUGUAUUUAUUUAUUUUUCUGGUUAAUUAAGGUAUUCUUAUAUCUUGUUACUCAAGGAAGGAAACUUACUCCUGCUAUAACAAACUGGCCGCUCAGUUGUUGCAGUUUCCUUGCUAUCUAUCUUCUUUUAUUCUUUUUAAUCCUGUUACUCUAGUUACGUCUUUUGUCUACUUGUUUUUUUCCCUUCUGGCCCAGCUAAUAAAUAAAAUAAAAUCAACUGAAAAGCUCAACUGAGGUAGCCUGUUUCAGAUUUUCUGAUUCUCAGGCAUCGGAGUAGUGCGCGAGAGAGACAAGCAGCCUCGCUGCUGUUUUUCCCGUCCUUGCAUUUUAUUCCUCCAAAAUAGGCUAGCGUAAGGUCGCUAGUGAUUUUGCUUUGUAAAAAAACGUGGGGUACUGAUUUAUAUUGCGCGUAACUCGAUAUAAAGAUACCAGACACUUUGUCAAUAAACUUUUACCUUUGUCUCUUGGUAAAGUAGAACCAAAGCGGCGGUUUAAAUGUUGUUUUCUUAUCAUAGGCUAAUAAAUUUGCGGCAAUGGUCAAAGCUGUUGGCCCAAAGACUAUCAGCAAAAUUGCUCGUUCUGGUCCCGAGUCGCAGGUAAGACCCUUCUUGAUCUCUGCUCUCAGAGUUUAAGAGAAUAGACGCUAACCCUCAAUCUCCUUCGGUACGGGAGCAAAGAGAGCAUGCACUCGCCUCCCACCAGUGUGGCCCGGGUUCGAAUCCCAUCGUCGACGCCAUAUAUCGGUUGAGUUUGUUGUUGGUCCUCUCCUUUGCUCCGAGAGGUUUUUCUCCGGGUCAGACUCCGGUUUUCCCCUCUCCAACACUUCAGUCCAGUCAGUCACAGGCACGUUUAAACGAAUUGUUAAGAACUCAUAAGUACUUCGUGGGCAAACAAAUUACAACAAAUUACAAAUACGUUGAGAGGUAUAUCUCGCUUUAAAUGGCUCUAAGUACAGUCAGCUUCAGAAUUUUGUUGAACGGAUAGUUAUGAUGGAGGCCUCCGCGGUAUACUGCCUGUUUAAACUUUAUAUCUCAGGAUAAACUUGUAGCUGUUCAAAAAACCUCUUGACCACCACUGUGGACUUUGUCACUCUGCGCGAGUUGAGAAUGUACGUUGACAGACUAACGUUGAAAUUUGUCUGAUCCAGACUUCUUUUGAUUCGGAUCUCGAGCAAGUUCGUUCAUACGUGUGGUAACUUUUGCCUCCUCCCACCUUCCGCGGUUCGGUCACUUGAGUGACCCAAUUUAUAUGGCUCUUUUCACUACCUUUCCCAAAUUUAACAGGGUUAAAUCCGGCUGAGAAUCUUGGUCUGACAACUGAUCUUCCCCAAUGAGCAGGACGAAAUUAAGCUUCAACAGUAAUUUAUUUCUAUGUUACUCAUAUGACUGAUACCAUUCCUCCCCCGACAGGCUGGCCUUCUCAAGGGACUGGGGAUACAGAAUGUGCUGAUCACUGAUGGAACUACUCCGCUGAAUUUGUACCAGUCUCCUGGCGGAUUCAUGCAGUCCGGAAUGACAAGCUAGAAAUUUCUAACCAUUUACAUGAUAUAUUACAUGCAUUUUUUUCGCACAUGAGGGGCCCUUUUACGGUUCCAUAAGAGAUAUACCCAUUCGUUUAAACUACAAUAUGUUUAGCCUGGAAGGUGAAGAAUUUAGGAGAUGAUAAACUCCGUUAGAUUCUUCCCAUCCCCUUCCACGUCAAAAACCCCCAAGAAUUAUUUGUUAGCAAUAAGAAAGUUUUUUCUAUGAUUGAACACACUCGCAAACUUUGUUGAAUCGUAUUGCACUUAAAAGAGUUGAAGUAAAGAAAAUGUAAGGAAACUCGGGUGCAUAUUAAGUUAAUAACUUUAGAGUAAAUCUCUAGACUCUAUUUUUGUGCUUGUUAGUUUAAUAUAAGGUCUGUUUAGUGAUGCUAUAUGUGAAAGUAUACCUUACUCACUUGUCUUGUUAUUCAUUCAAAAUAUUUGUGCGUUUCUCUAUUAAACGAUCACUUUGACAAGUUGUACCAU